GCCCGCCCCGCCGUCGAUAUAAUCGCGCGGGAGACGUGGCCCCGCCAUGCCCGUCCGUUUCGGGGAUCCCACAGCGCCUGGAUCUCGCGACGCCGCGGCCAUAAUCCCCCCCGAGCGCCUCGCCCGCGCGCGAUUCGACGAUGCCAGCUUCCAGGAGUACCACGCGCUCGCCUGCUGCGUCAAAUCGUGCUCCAAGGCCAAGGAUCUGGCCGAGGCGGUGGCGAUCCACGGCCGGAUCAAGGCCUCCAGCUACGCCGCCGAUCGCUACCUCAAGAACCUGCUCAUGGACAUGUACAGCAAAUGCGGCAGCCUGGAGCACGUCCGAUCGGUGUUCCAGAGCCUGGACCGCGGCGAUCGCAACGCAUUCUCGUGGAACAUCAUGGUGUCCGCGCUGGGGAGGAACGGGCAUCUGGAGGAGGCGCGCAAAAUGUACGAGGAGAUGCCCGAGAAGAGCACGGUGGGCGCCAACGCGAUGAUCAACGCCUACGCCAAGGGCGGGCAUCUCGCGGAAGCCCUAGACGUCUUCGCCAAGAUCCCCAAGAAGGACGUGGUCUCGUGGACGAGCAUCGUCACCGCAUAUGCCGAGAACGGGCAUAUUCUCGAGGCCCGGCGGAUAUUCGACAAGAUGCCCGAUAAGAACGUCGUCUCGUGGACGGCCAUGAUCACCGGCUACAUCGAGAAUGGCUGCCUGGGCGAGGCGCGCCGCCUCUUCGACGCCAUGCCCGUACGGAAUAUCUCCUCGUGGAACAACAUGGUCAAGGGAUAUGCCAUGUACGGGCAUACGGAGGAUGCCCGCGCGGUGUUUGACGACAUGCCGCAGAAGAACGUCAUCUCCUGGACGUGCAUGGUGACGGCGUACGCCCAGAAGGGGAAUCUCCGCGAGGCACGGGGUAUUUUCGAUGCCAUGCCCGACAAGAAUGUCGUGUCGUGGAACGCGAUGAUCACGGCAUAUGCCCAGUGCGGGUAUCUGGGGGAGGCAAAGCGGAUAUUCGACGCGAUGCCCAAGAGGGACCCGGUGACCUGGACGGCGAUGGUCACGGCAUUUGCCCAGCACGGGGAUAUUCUCCAGGCGAGGGCGCUCUUCGAAAAGAUGCCGCAGAAGGUUCUCGUGUCGUACAACGCCAUGGUGGCGGCAUACGCCCAGAAUGGUGACGUGGACGAGUCCCGGCGGCUGUUCGACGCCAUGGAGCAGCGCAACGUCGCGAGCUGGAACGCGAUGAUCUCCGGCUACGUGAAGAACGGCCGGGGGUGGGAUGCCCUAGAGAUCUUCAAGCUCAUGGAUCUCACGGGUAUGCAUCCCAACGACAUCACUUUCAUGAGCGCAAUCGAUGCCUGCGCGGACCUCCAGGCGCUGCUCGAGGGCCAGAUCCUCCACGCGGAGAUCACGGCCAGCGGUACGGAGCCCGACGCGUACCUCCGCAAUGCGCUGCUUCACAUGUACGGCCGCUGCGGCAGCCUCGCCAUGGCCGAGUCGCUCUUCGACGAUAUGCCCGACCGGGAUCGCUGGUCGUGGAAUGUGAUGAUCUCCUCGUAUGCCCACGGCGGGCAUACCAGGAGAUCGCUCGCGUUCUUCGCGGAGAUGGCGCUGGAUGGGAUCACGCCCGAUGGAGUGACGUUCGUGGCCGUGCUGGGGGCUUGCAGCCACGCCGGGCGCGUCGAUCUGGGUUGCCACUACUUCGUCUCGAUGAGCACGGAUUACUCCAUGGCGAGGGACGUGGAUCACGACCUCUAUGUGUGUCUGAUCGAUGUUCUUGGGCGGUCCGGGUGGAUCAAGGAGGCCGAGGAUUUGAUCGCAAACAUGCCCUUCCAGCCCGAUUCCGUGGCGUGGGCGACGCUCCUGGGCGGGUAUAGGAACUAUGGGAGUCUUGGGAGAGGGGCGCAGCAGGCCGCGCAGUGUGUCUUUCAGCUGGAUCCAGAGGACUCGGCGCCGUAUGUGUUGCUCCACAAUUUGUACAAAUCGGGUAGGAGGAGGCAAGAGGGCGAUGGCGAUUUCGAGCAAGCGAUGAAGCCCACCAUGGGGUAUUUCUGAGGAUCGAUCGAGCAAUUGAUCAAGAGAUGGAAGCACAAACCGAGAAUAUCCGAAAUAUCCAAGAACAUUUUUGGCGCCAAGCAUGGAUCGUAGCCGACUGCGCGAGUUUCGGGUCUAAAUGCUAUGAUCGCGGAAGGCUCGAUCGUCUUGAAAGACCACCAAUUCCUGCAAGAGCUAUCGUUCGCCAAUUGAUCCGGAAUGCAAUUGGAUUUGGAUCAAGCGCCGCCGCCGCCGCCGCCGCUGCUGCUGCUGCUGCUGCUGCUCAUACUCACUGCAUCGAUUCCACACGCUUCUCGAGCGCCGAGCUUCGACUACGCCGACGCUCUGGACAAAUCCAUCCUAUUCUACGAGCAGCAGCGCUCGGGAGAGCUCCCCGAGGAUCAAAGAGCGACAUGGCGGGGGGAUUCCGCGCUCACCGAUGGACAAGAUGUCAAUGUUGUGAAAUCAAUCGAUCUUUCCUUGUAAAUUGACUGGCGAUCGCCCUGUUCUUCCAGGUCGAUCUCGUUGGAGGCUACUACGACGCUGGAAACAACGUGAAAUUUGGAUUCCCAGGGGCCUUCACGACCACAAUGUUGGCUUGGUCCGUCAUCGAGACCGGUCUGGAGCUCGAUUCCCUUGGCGAGCUUGGUUAUGCCAAGGAAGCCGUACGAUGGGGUGCCGACUAUAUAGCCAAGACGUACAGCGCGCCCAAUGUACUUUGGGCCCAGGUGAUUAAUUACCUUUCCCUAUGAUAAUGCGGCACGAAGCACUUUGUUCUUCCUUGUUCUUCGUCUAGGUCGGGGAUGCUCAAGCCGAUCAUGCGUGCUGGGAGAGGCCCGAGGAUAUGGACACGCCAAGAACGGCGUACAGGAUCGAUGCGGCGCAUCCAGGCUCGGAUCUUGCGGGGGAAUCGGCUGCGGCGCUCGCGGCGUCGUCGAUCGUCUUCCAGAUUACCGAUCCGGGGUAUUCCAGCGAGCUCCUCGCCAAGGCGCAAGAUGUAAGUUUGGGAUUUGGAUCGAUUUCGAGACCGAUGUCCGACGGAUUUUCUUUGGUAUAGAUUUUCCGGUUUGCA